GGUGCCUUCAAAAAAUCCAUCUGCAUCAAACUGUUUACCUACCUCACCCUCCAACCAUACCCAAACGUUGGUGCCUCUCAACCUUUGUGUGGAUCUCACUUCAUCCUCAGUGAAUCCAUACCGCCCGGCGACAACCUCAACUCAAGUCUGCCUCGAGUUACUAUCAUCCUGGGUUUGAGGCAAACCAUCAAUCCGAUUUACCUGGGUACGGCAACGACCCCAUCCAGAACCCAGCCUCUUUCAGCAGAAUCCUGUCUCGAUCGAUCAAGUGGCCCCGUGCCCAUCUCUUUAAAGCUUGCGCAAACACCGAUCGAAAAGGACUUGGGAUCUUCAUCCUGGGCCAGUGCUGCGCGGACGACGGGAGAGGCCUUCUUGCUUUAGCCGCGUGGUCUAGACGGUAGUAACAAGGACGCCGCGCUGAAGCAUAGUCUGGCUAUAGACGUGCAAUUUUGAGGAAGCACGAAAACACUACAAGGGCGGUUGUCAAAAUCCGAACCUCGCGUGCGGCCUUCUACGAGAUAUCGAUCAAAGGGCAACCUCGAUCCGGCCAGACGCAUCAUAAUAUUGCCCGCUCCCGACUUGGCUUUUACAUCGUCGAAGUGGUAUCGAGCUUGUCAGUGGCCCAAGCUCCUCAGGGGCAACGAGAGUAUAUCAAUAUCUCUCCCAUAUAUUUCCGCCCUGGCAAGCAAAGCCUCGAUUGCUUACUUUCGGUCUGUGCUGUCGACCCGUGCAUCUUGAAGCCCUGAGUUCGCACCACCGGGACCAUGAUCAUGGAUGCUCCCGUUACUAGCAGCGACAUCCCAGGCUUGAGCAGCCUGGUAGAUCAGAGAGUCACGCCUUCCCCCGUACCCUCCAUGCAUCUACCAGCGCCAGUACCUACCCCUCCACAUGGCCACCAAGAGCCCUUGCAGCUCCAACCGCUUCAGCAAUAUCAUCAGCUGUCCCAAAUGCCGGUUGACCGCGCCGACUCACCACACGGAUCAGAGCAUUCUCGGUACUCUGCACCACCAAUGAACGGUAGCGGCAUGGACAACAGCCGCCCAUAUGGUUCGCCUUCAGCCAUGCAUGCCCCAUUACAUAUCUCGCCACCGACAAGCUUGCCCCUGGGCUCAAACAUCUCAUUACCUGCUAUACAGCAGCCGAUUCUGGCACCCGCUCCUCCUGCAAUGAUGUCCGUCUACCCGCCAGUCAAUCAGCCGCCACCCCCUGUGAAGGCUUAUCCCUGCAGCACUUGCGGAAAAGGAUUCGCACGGCGCAGUGAUCUUGCUCGUCACGAGCGCAUCCACAGCGGCAUCAGGCCGCAUGUUUGCGACCACCCUGGUUGUGGAAAACAGUUUAUUCAGAGAUCUGCUUUGACGGUUCACAUGCGUGUUCACACCGGCGAAAAGCCUCACAUGUGUGAACGUUGCGGCAAGCCAUUCAGCGACUCGAGCUCUCUGGCCAGGCACAGGCGUAUUCACUCAGGAAAACGUCCGUAUAAGUGCCCGUACGCUAAUUGCCAGAAAACCUUCACCCGACGUACGACCCUGACGAGGCAUCAGAACCACCACACUGGCACGAUAGAAGAAGCGGCUCUGGCGACCCGGGAGGCAUUAUCUCGGGAUCCUAAUACAACGGCACGACUGACGCCUGGUGCACACCAUCGGUCGGAUGGAGAGGCCGUCGUCACCUCCAACCACGCAUCGCCUCUUACGACGCCGUCUCCUGCACACCGCACUCACUCGAUGUCCCCAUCCAACGAGUUGGCCGGAAUCCACACCCUGCAAACCCAAUAUCCGAACAGCUCUCUCCCGAGCCAUCUCCGAAGCGACGUCCACAUUGCUAGCCCUACAUCGACUACCUCCUCUGGAUACAACGGCAAUCGCCCCACGUCACACCCGAGCGGCUAUGGGCCGCCCUCGGUCCUGGAGCCCAGUAUCGAGACCCGUCCAGGUCCUGGCAGUGCGAGUGGCAGCCCUCAUAUGGGCAGUGUAGGCUGGCAGUCUCCGUCCCAUGCGGGCUCUCCCUCACACAGUGCAAGUGGCUUUGUCUAUCCGGACCCCGAGGCUUAUCCUGGUCACGCCGGCCUAUCAGGAAACUUGGGAUCUCUGUUUUACGGCAGUGCUGUUAACUCUACACGAGCUGGAAGCUCUGAACCAGGCCAAGGGGGCGAUUACCCCAAGCCAAGGACCAGUGAACUAUGGGCAUCUGCGCAGUGAGAUAGAAUUGGAAACUGCCACCAUCAACAGUCCCAGGAACGUCUCGGACCUCAUCCAACAUCUUGCUGUGGUAGCAUCUUUCUGAGGCUACGUGUUCCAGCGCUUCAUUUUUUCCGUGCCGAAAAUCAGGAUAUUCCCAUCCAGCUGUGGUGUGCCGCAAAUCCGUGUUGUUAACAUGCAUGGAAACUUUGCAGACGCUGCAUCAGCUCUCGUCUUGGGAUGCCAUCUGAUGAUGAACAACCUAUUCCCCCGAUUUUCCGGGCUUAUUCCCCAUCGAACCCUUAUGAUUGGUCUUCUUUACUUUCCCCUGCGCCACCACAAGGUGCCUAAUAUUGGGUCACAAAUAUACCCGCGAUGUCCUAUUCUUUGCGCUCGUUUGCUUAUCAUUUGUUGCAGUCGAUAUACUCCAACCACAUCUCCUUUUCUCUCUCCUUUGUCAAGAAUGAAACAGGUUUAUAGAACGGGAUCGGUGGACUUUGCAGACGGGAUAAAAUUGGGGGCACAUGCCAUCUUCUAUGAAGCCCGUUGGCUUCGGUGUUAAGGAUUGCACUUUUAUUAUUAUUCAGUGUUAUUAUCACCUGCUCCUCCUCUUGUUUUUUUUUAUGCAAACUCUUCCCCCAAAAAAAAAUGUACAGCUGAGUUGGUCAUGCAUGGAGCUUAAGGGGGGGGGGGGCAGGAAUGGGAUCUGUAUUUUUUUGCUCCCUCCGACGUCGAGUGGUGGGUUGUUUACUACUAUUUAUCAAUUAACUCGUGGCAAGAAGGGGAGGCGAGCAAGCCACACUAUAAUAGCACAAGCUUUUACUAUGCGA